AUGCCUAAGCGUUGCUGUGUACCAGGCUGCAAGGGAAACUACGAGGCAGAAUUGAGAUCGACACCCUACAGGUCAGUGUUUCGAUUUCCAAAAAAUGAGGAGUUGAAAAGUAAGUGGCUAGCUUCAAUACCAAGAAAGGACUGGUCGCCUUCUAAAGAUUCUGUUGUUUGUGAUGCACAUUUUCAACAAGCAGAAAUUGUCCGUACGGAAACUUAUGUUCUGCAGGAUGGAUCAGCUAACACAGUCACACUGAGUCGUCCAAAACUUUCAGAAGGUGCUGUUCCAUCAGUCUUUCCAAAUGUGCCAUCUUAUCUAAGUAAGCGUCAAGUUUCUAGUAGAACAGAUCCUGCCAUCAGACAAGAUAAGAUCCUUCAAAGGCAUGAGAAUUUGGUUUCAGAAUUUCAGGAAAAAGACAAAAUUACAGGAAUCUCAGAUUUAUUGGAAAACUAUUCUAAAAUGAUUAAAAUCCCUGAACAUUGUUUGGUGAAGAAGACUAAUGACAAAAUUUAUUUUUAA